GCCGGCGCCCCACGCCUCUAAGAGGCGGUGAGUGUCGGGGAGCUGCCGGUCCGCUUCGGGCCCCGGGGACUGUGCUCCCGGACCACCGUGCUCGGCCAGCAUGGAUCCCGGCGUGGGGGACGCGCUGGGAGAGGGGCCGCCCGCGCCCCGGCCCCGCCGCCGCCGUUCCCUGCGCCGCCUGCUCAGCCGCUUCCUGCUAGCUCUGGGCAGCCGCUCCCGCUCAGGGGACUCGCCACCCCGGCCCCGGCCCCAGGGCCAGCCCGACCCAUACGAUGGCGAUGGAGACGGGGGCUUCGCUUGUGCCCCGGGCCCGGCACCAGUCGCUCCCGGGAGCCCAGGACCGGAUCGUCCUCCGGGACCCCAGCCCCAACUGUCUGUGGGCGACGGGGCGCGUCCGCCCGGAGCGCAGGGCUUGAAGAACCACGGCAACACCUGUUUCAUGAACGCCGUGGUGCAGUGUCUCAGCAACACCGACCUGCUGGCCGAGUUCCUAGCACUGGGGCGCUACCGGGCGGCGCCGGGCCGCGCCGAGGUCACCGAGCAGCUGGCGGCGCUGGUGCGCGCGCUCUGGACGCGCGAAUACACGCCCCAACUUUCCGCAGAGUUCAAGAAUGCUGUUUCCAAAUAUGGCUCCCAGUUCCAAGGCAAUUCCCAACACGAUGCCCUGGAGUUCCUGCUCUGGCUGCUGGACCGUGUCCACGAGGACUUGGAGGGCUCGGCUCAUGGACUGGUGUCUGAGCAGCUGCCCCCAGAUGCGAGUAAGGCCUUGGAGGACCUCCGGCCAUCUGCAGCUCCUCCCUCCUUAGGCCCCAGCUUUGUGCAGAGCCACUUUCAAGCCCAGUACAGAUCUUCUUUGACGUGUCCUCACUGCCUGAAACAGAGCAACACCUUCGAUCCUUUCCUGUGUGUGUCCCUUCCCAUCCCCUUACGCCAGACGAGGUUCCUGAGUGUCACUUUGGUCUUCCCCUCUAAGAGCCAGCGGUUCCUGCGGGUUGGCCUGGCCGUGCCGAUCCUCAGCACAGUGGCGGCCUUGAGGAAGAUGGUUGCAGAGGAAGGGGGCGUCCCUGCCGAGGAGGUGAUCUUGGUUGAACUGUAUCCCAAUGGAUUCCAGCGGUCAUUCUUUGAUGAAGAGGACCUGAAUACCAUUGCAGAGGGUGAUAAUGUGUAUGCUUUCCAAGUCCCUCCCUCACCUGGUCCAGGGACACUCUCAGCUCAUCCAUCUGGGCCGUCAAUGUCACCUCGCCUGGCUGUCCGUGAUAGCCAGCGCUUCUCCAAGCCUCUCCACAGUGAGAGGGUGCUCAUCCUCUUCUGUAACCUGGUGGGGUCGGGGCAGCAGGCAAGCAGGUUUGGGCCACCGUUCCUGAUACGGGAAGACAGAACGAUCUCCUGGGCCCAGCUACAACAGUGUAUUCUCAGCAAGGUUCGAUGCCUCAUGAGGAGUGAGGUCCCUGUACAGGACCUGGGGACUCUGUUCUCCAUCCGGGUUGUGGGGCUUUCCUUGGCCUGCAGCUACUUAUCUCCACAGGACAGCCGGCCCCUCUGUCACUGGGCAGUUGACAGGGCUUUGCACCUCAGGAGGCCAGGAGGCCCUCCUCAUGUCAAGCUGGCUGUGGAGUGGGAUAGCUCUGUCAUGGAGCGCCUGUUUGGGAGCCUCCAGGAGGAGCGGGUCCAGGAUGCAGACAGUGUGUGGCAGCAGCAGCAGGCGCACCAGCAGCCCAGCUGUACCCUGGACGAAUGUUUUCAGUCCUAUACCAAGGAGGAACAGCUGGCCCAGGAUGAUGCAUGGAAGUGCCCUCACUGCCAAGUCCUCCAGCAGGGUGUGGUAAAGCUGAGUUUGUGGACCCUGCCUGACAUCCUGAUCAUCCAUCUGAAACGGUUCUGUCAGGUAGGAGAGAGAAGGAACAAACUCUCCACGCUGGUGAAGUUCCCACUGUCUGGGCUCAACAUGGCUCCUCAUGUAGCCCGGAGGAGCACCAACUCCAAGGCAGGGCCUGGACCCUGGUCCUCCUGGAAGCAGCCGAUCUGCCUGCCCACCACCUACCCAAUGGACUUCCUCUAUGACUUGUAUGCGGUCUGCAACCACCAUGGGAGUCUGCAAGGUGGGCAUUACACAGCCUAUUGCCGGAACUCUCUGGAUGGCCAGUGGUACAGCUAUGACGACAGCACGGUGGAGCCCCUUCGAGAGGAUGAGGUCAACACCAGGGGAGCCUACAUCCUCUUCUAUCAGAAGCGGAACAGCAUCCCUCCCUGGUCAGCCAGCAGCUCCAUGAGAGGCUCCACCAGCUCCUCCUUGUCUGAUCAUUGGCUCAUGAGGCUUGGAAGCCACAACAACAGCACGAGGGGAAGCCUGCUGUCCUGGAGCUCUGCUCCCUGCCCCUCCGUGGCCCGGGUACCCGACUCUCCUGUCUUCACCAACGGUGUCUGCCACCAGGACAAGGACACAGGGGGCCCUUUUGACCCACAAGUUGGACAUCAGUAG